AUGGGUUCUGCACCAAAAUUGAUCAUUACUGAUCAGGAUUUGGGAAUGAAGGUUGCUGUGGAAAGAGUCCUUGUUGAUACAAGACAUCGAUGGUGCAUGUGGCACAUCAUGUUUAAAGUUGUGGAAAAGUUACCAAAGAGUCAACUUGGCAAUGAAGAUUUGAAAAAGGAGUUAAAUAGUUGUGUUUGGUCUGAGUUGAUAGAGCCUGAAGAAUUUGAAGAAUCCUGGAAUAAUGUAAUGGAAAAAUAUGGGCUUAAGGACAAUGAGUGGUUUACCUCUAUGUUUGACUCACGAAAAUAUUGGGUUCCUGCAUAUUUUAGGGAUUUUCCAAUGAGUUCACUGAUAAAGACCACAUCUAUAUCUGAAUCUCAGAACAUAUUCUUCAAGAGGUACUCCAAGUCUCGAUCUAAUCUUGUUGAAUUUCUUAUGUAUUACAACAAUGCAUUGGAUGGUCAAAGGAGCAACAAUAAUAGGCUUGAAUACUUGGAUUUUAACACAAUUCCAACUUUGAAAACAAAUUCGGCUCUUGAGAAGCAUGCAUCAACAAUUUACAGUGACAGUGGUUUCAAACUAAUUCAGAGUGAGAUUGAGGAAGCAGUCGAUAAUGUCACCAUGGUGACAGUGUCAACCGUUGGUGAGAAUGAGAUUUAUGUGUUGAAUGAUAAGUUCUCAAAGAACUGGACAGUUUCAUACUCAAUUUCUUGUGAUUCAUAUGCAUGUGGUUGUAAGAUGUUUGAGAGGCUUGGGCUCGUUUGCAGUCACAUAUUUUGGAUCUUGAGAAACAAAAAAUUGAAGUUAGUCCCUGAUGAGUUACAUGGAGGACGCUGGUUGAAGUCUAAAUUUGUCAAGCCUGUGCAUUUUGGUUUUGAUGAUAAUAUUGAGUCAUUUAUUGCUGUGGAUGAGACGAAGCAGGAAUACAGGGAUAUGCAUGCAGAUUUUUAUGAUAUCGCACGGCUUAUAGAGGGAGAUGGUGAUAAAAUUCGUGCAUUUAGACAUAUUAUGGCUGAAGGGAAAAAAGAAGUACUUGGUGAGGGAAAUGUAUUGUCUAUAAGUGAAAAGAGACAGAUGAUUGAGAAUUUUUAUGGCUCAGAAGUCCCUAGUGAAAUAGAAGUUCAUCCACCUGAUGUUGUCAGCACCAAGGGUUCUGGUCGACGUCUUUCACGACUUGAGAAAGAAAUAAGAGAGUUGUCGAAGCCUGGAAGGAAAUGUGGAAAAUGUGGCGAGAUUGGUCAGCAUGAUUCAAGGAAUUGUGACAAGAUACAGGAGUUGAAGAAGAAGAAAAAGAGGAAACAACAAUGUUGA